UGGGCGCGCCCGCUUCGACGUUGCGGAGGCUUCAAGAUGGCGGAAGCCCUGACAACUCAGGAGCAGCUGGUAAGGCUCUCUUCGCUGAUUUUUUCCCUUAAUUCCCUAAAUUGCCCAAAGUGUCUACCUCUACUCUUCGGUUCGUCCUUUAACCGUCUGUCUUUCUCGUAUAUUUUGUUGAGCUGAAUCUUCACGGGAACGGUGAGGUCUCGGUAACAGUCCUGGCCCGUUCGCACCCUCCUGAGUGAACUGACUCCGGUGUGACUGACAGCCGUUAGCAUGUGUGUUAGCAUGAUGGCGUUUGCUAGUGGAAGGAAACACUUCACCGGCAGUGUAUGUGCGAUACUCGCUCCCUCGGUAACCUAUCCCCUCAGGUCCCACAAAGAUACGCCCGUAUCUUGAAUGUCAACUAGCAACCUUUGAAAACACGCUCUUUUCUUCGUUACAUAUGACUUAUAACGUCUUUUACGCCAUUGGUAGCUAUCCAGCUGCCACAUGUAACCUAGCCGCUGGCUAAUGCUAACGGCUAUUGUUGACUUGCAGGGAAUUUCCUCGACCGCUAUUUUGCUGGGCGUUUAAAAGCACGCUCGACCCGGUGUGCAUGUUUAAAAUGAUUAAACUCAUAGUGCUUAUAGUGUUGAUUGAGAUUAUAUUCAAUGACACAGUCCAGACAGAGCAAGAUCAUGAAUCUCCUCCUGUGAGCUACUCAGCCCGCACCAGAGUCCAGAGAAGCGGCCCCCCAGUUCCUAGCAUUGUUGUUGCCAUCGCUUUCUAGUAAAGGGGUGGGCCUUACUUUGAUAGCAAAUAUCAAAUGUCAUCCGGAAACUCUGCUGAAAUCCCCACUUUUAAGACACUGCUUUGAUCUCCAAACCUGCACAAUGUGAGCAGACUAGUGGGCGAAGUCUCAGGUCGCGCUUGAACUGCUGCCUGGAUUUCCUGAUGUUUUUUCUCGAUAACCCUCUGCACCCUCUCGAACAUCUACUUGCAUCUACUGUUUCUCUGUCCGAUGAGUUCCAAGAUGUUUGUUCAAGUCGCUGCUAUGAUGAAGGACUUGUAGCAAUGUUUUGGAUUAUAUCCAUCAAAUGUAGCAACCAUCCUGGAGUGGCUGUUCAGUUAGUUGAAAUAAAAUUUGUUUAUCCAGAGAUAUAAAGGCAUCUGUCUUGAGCUAAACCAGAGGUGGAAAAAAGACUGAUAAUUUCUACUCAAGCAGAAGUUUACUUGCAUAGAUUAAAUAUUUACUUUUCUUGAUAUGUUUCCUCAGAGCUCAAUGAGGCCCUAAGCGAAAUUUGAUUUGGGGGGCCCUCUAUUCCUGCCAAUAAUAUUGAUUGUUGAUCAUUCGCACACCUUCACAAAUCUCUUUGAUUAACAUUCCAUGACAUGCUAACAUUCCUGUAUCUUGGCAUUUUUUUCUCUUCUUCCUCCUCUCUUCUUUUCUCUGCUCCUGAAGGAUAUGUCCUUUUUUGCGAUAUUGUUUUGCCCCAAAACUACCUGUUCUUUGGAUGCUCAGUGCAAAUUGCACAUAACAGUAGUGGAGCUUUGACAUAUCGGCAGUAAGAAUCAUAGGCCUACAUCAGCAGCAGCACUAAAAUGUUUUUGCUUUUAUUUUAUUUUAUUUUUACAUAAUAUAUAUUUGAUCAAACAGAAAGCAUCAGUGAAACAUGCAAAAAAAUACAAAACAUUUAAAAAAAUAUUUUUUGAUUGCUCUUGAGGGCCCCCUAUUUGCUGCGGGGCCCUAAGCAGGCGCUUAGUUUGCUUAUGCCUUGGGCCGGCUCUGCGUUUCCUGAAAUAAUACUUGUUUCAAAGAACUUAUAAAAUUGAAUUCAAGCUGGAAAUACCUUAAAAUAAAGUGUUGUUUUAGGUUGGUUAGCUCAGCGUAGCAUACAUUGAAUAAUAAUAAAUUUAAAAAACAAUGAUGUGGUGAUUUAACACACCCAUGCAUACGAAUAUUUAAACAAUUAAAAGUUUAAAAAAUAAAGAUGCUGCCUGUGAUACUCCUUUGGCUCUGUAUAAAAGAUCAAACAUGCUCAGAUAACAUCUCCUGUAAAAGCACAGCUGUAAAAAUGUGUUUUUAAAAGAAGAUAGAGAGGUUGUCGUUCUGAUAGAAAGAUCCUGGUCACCUUUGGAAAUGUCAUGAGAUGUCAUGACAGAAAUGAGAGAAAUAAACCUGGUUAUGAGCAUUUUGCACUGAGGCUAUCAUCUUACAGUCAGCUUGCUGUCAAGUCUGUGUGUUUGUGUUUAGUUUAGCUUUUUACCUGUAACUAAUGACAGUAUAGUGCAGCAAAGAACAAUUCUUUCUACCAAAAAUAUAAGCUGCUUGACUACAAUAAUACGUAAAUGUAAUUGAUUACUGAAACCCCUGAUUUUUACCCAGGCUUGCUGUAUGCAAUGCAAUAUUUUUUGGCAUUGGCUAUCUUGGUAAAAACCUAGUUUUUGACUCCUCACCUUCAAUCAAUCAGUCAAAUCAAAUUUUAUUUAUAUAGCGCCAAUUCACAACAGCCGUCAUCCCAAGACACUGUCCAAGAAAUAGAGCAGGUCUAGACCACGCUCAUUUUUAAUGAAUUAUCAAGACCCACCCGAAGAUGGGAUUUGGCCCAUCUCAUCCAACAUGAGUAACAGUGGCAAGGGAAAAGUUACUUUUAACAGGCAGAAACCUUGGGUAGGACCAGACUCAUGCUAGGCAGCCACCAGGCCGCUGCUGGGUGAGGGAGGAAUACAGAGAGAUAGGAGGGAAGAGGAGAGAGGGCAGGGGGAGAGAAAGAGAACAAGAUAGAGGGAAGGAAAGAGAGAAAAUAGGUAAGAUGACAAGAUGAUGGCACAGAGCUUACCUCUACGGGAUCGUCUGUCUAUGGUGAAGAAGCGCUAUCAAGAUGAUUAACAAAGUGUUAGAAGAAGUAACACUGUGCUGCAAAGAUGAAAGGGUGAAAAACUGACAGACUUUUACAAAUGGCCCUGUCUUGUGCAAAAUGUAUGUUUUCCCAGUGCUUUUGUCACCUCUCUAGUCAUUCACUGCUUUUAUUUCACUUGUUACAUUCACCCAUUCAUAGACUCAGUCGUACACUGAUGCAGAGGUUGCAAUUCAUAGUGGCCAUCAGUAUUGAUUAUUUCAUAUACAUUUACACCAACAACAGUUUGGAGGUCAGGGUUAACAUGCACCACUGGAUUGAACCCCCCGUCUUUUGACUGAAAGAUGACUGACGACCACUGAGCCACAGUCAACCUUUAAUCCAUCGAAUAGCUAAAUGUAUGUCUCUCUUUCUGUGCGAGUUCCAUGUUUGUAGGACAGAUUUUCCUCCCCUUGUGCCGUCAGAGGUUGACUGUUGUCUUCUGGCAAAUAAUCCUUCUCUUCCAGGGCAUAUUCCAGGAGCACAGCCUGCUGCAGCCAUCUGUUUCACACUUUAUUUUAUUUUUUUACAUUUGCAGGAAACAGACAUAAUUUUUCUUGUCAUCCCAAUCGCCUCUUGGCUGAAUGAUUCUAAUGUUCUUCUUCUUGGUAUCUCUCUUGUUCAUUGAACUCUUUCUUACAUCUCCUCUCUCAUGUCUGUCCAGGCUGUGGAGGAGUUCCUGAGUGAGGUGCGUAGCAGGGAGCAGCCUCACAGUGCUGGGCUUGUCUCCCAACCGACAGCUGUAAAGUUUCUUAUGGCCCGCAAGUUCGACGUCACCAGAGCCAUCGACCUCUUUCAAGCAUACAAGGUACAGCCGCUUUUUUUUAUUGAAGAUGAAACUGAGAUCACUGACCACCGGGUUUAGUCAGGGCUAAAAGCAUCAGGGGGAGGAAUUCAUCUGGCCUGAGUUCUUUCUUUUUGUCACAGUUGUUCACAAAGUCAUGAUUAAUUUCGGGGUGAUAAAUAAGUUGAUAUUAAAGGAACUCAAGGUUAACUUUUUGUAGAUAAAAGAUAUGAUGAUUUCAUGCAGCUGCCUCCUAAAUAUCUUCCAGUCAUAGAGUUUAAAAGGGAAACUUAAAUUUAUCAAUGAAGUUCUCCCAAUCUAAGAGAGAAAAUCCUAUCAAGUUGUCUUUGAGUUUGUAUUUGCUUUCCUUCCCACUGCUAAUACAACCUGAAUAGGAUAUUAGAGAACCUGUUCUGAUUUGAUCAAAUAGCUGGCAGUGAAAAAACUAUUCCCACUUUUGUUAUUGUUUCCAGUCUUGACACUUAUGUAGCUCAGCUUUUUUAAUGUUCAUGCUCAGCAGUGUGGAUGCAAUGUGAAAUUAAAGACUGUAAAACCAAUAUUGCACCAUUGCUGAAUCAGUGUUCAAAGACGAGCGGUGGUGGCAGAAUUUCAUUACAGUACAAUUGCGGUGUGUGUAAGGCUGCUGUGAUAAUGUCAUCACCCAUCGAUAUAUGACAUAUAUUUAAAUGAAGAGAAUAUAUAUGACAGAAACAUCAAAAAUAGCACAUUUCUGAUGCUGCUCUGUGUGUUGUUUUUGCCACAAACUAAUCACUUUACCUUUCUCUCCCUUCUCUACAAUCCUAAAACAAAAACAGAACACAAGAAUCAAAGAGGGCAUCAUCAAUAUCAACCCUGACGAGGACCCCCUACGCUCUGAGCUCCUGAGUGGUAAAUUUACUGUCCUGGUGAGUUCAGAAGCUGUUUUUUUUCUGUUUACUUAACUGUUUUGUCUGGAUGCUUGCAUGGAUGUCAAAUAACCUGUUCAUUUUCCCACCAGCCUGGUCGUGACGCAAAAGGUGCUGCUCUAGCACUCUUUACCGCUCGCCUCCACAGGCCUGAUGUCACCACUCACAAAGCUGUGCUGCAGGCCAUCAUCUAUCAGCUGGACAAAGCCAUAGAAAGGUGACAGACAACUUUCACAGAAUCUUAUUUUUGCAUUAUUUUUUAGGUGUUGUGGUUUUAUUAUUUUUAUUUUUAUUUUUUUCUUGCUACACACAAGUUUUUUCCAUUGAUGGUCCAGUCAUUUUUUUUACUGCUUUGUGUACCAUUCAAAAGGACCAGGGCCAUAGAACUUAGCAGUCAAUGGAGGAUAUUAUUGUAACAAAUUGAUCUGUUUACAUGAUGAUUUUUUUUUUUCUACCAAGUCUGCUUUUCAUUUAAAGUUCAUGUUAAUUUCUCCUCAGUUUACAAACUCAAAAAGACGGGCUCAUCUUUAUCUACGACAUGACCAACUCAAGCUACAGCAAUUUUGACUAUGAACUUUGUGUCAAGAUCCUCAACUUGCUCAAGGUAAAAAUAAAGAGUAUCCUUUGCUUCUUGAUCAGUUUGCUUUCAGAUUUUUUGAUGUGAAACUUUAGAUAUGAGAGCCUUUUUUUAGCAAUCAUCUUCUCUGAUGUUUUUUUUCCAAGGGGGCUUUUCCGGCUCGUCUAAAAUGUGUCUUCAUUGUGUCGUCACCUCUUUGGUUUCGAGCACCUUUCGCUGUUCUCCGCCUGUUUGUGCGUGAGAAGCUGAGAGAGAGGGUAAGUAUGCCUGUUUUUAUUUUGGGUUGAUGUCCAAGAGUUUCAGCUGUUCUUAGUCAUUUGAAUCUUGUCUCCUCUCUUCAACAGGUAUGCACAGUAAAAGCUCAUGAGCUGGCAAGUCAUAUCCCAGUCUCCUCUCUCCCUGAGCACCUGGGUGGGACAUCUCAAUACAGCCACGUGGCUUGGAUCCAGUCCUGUGUCAACACACACACAAAUACUGUUGAGGGUGACACCCAAGACCACGACACACACGACUGUGUGGGAAACCUGCUGCGUUCUUACAGUUUAGAGUGCAGCAACACGAGCGCAGGCGCUACAAUAUCUCACACACAUAUCAAUACACAGUUAAGCUCUGAACUAGCCAUGGCUAAUUCAAACCGCUAUGGUGAUAGCAAUGCUAACCCACACAACCACUGUGGUGGGAUGGAGGGCAGGACUCGAGGACAUGGGAACCACCAACACUGGAAUGGCUCAGCAGUGAUCGGAGCCAACGUUGCUGCUGGUGGCUCUAGCCCUAAUGCUAACAUGAAUGGUCGCAGCCACCAAGCCCCUCCCCAGUCAGACACACCCCCUGACACACCUCUUUCUCAGAUAGGCGAUGACGAUUCGGUCGAUGGGAAGCCUACGGACUCUACAAACAGGUCCCAGAACGAGGGGGUAAAGGAGGAGGAUGGUGAGGAAGAGGAGGGGGUGCCUCCCUUGCCCCAGAAGUCUUUGCCUCGGCCCCCUCACCAACCUUGCUCCCAGUCCACGCCCCUUUCUUCAUCAUGGGGUCCUGAUGAUGAUGAGGACCGCUGCAUAGAGGUGUCGAUUCACAUGCCAGAGCAGGGAGGCAUGACGCUGCAUGAGCUGGUGGAGCACGUGAAGAGGAAGAAGAAGAAGGGGAUCUAUCAGGAGUACGAGGAGAUCCGCAAGGAGCCGCCAGCGGGGACCUUUGACUACUCCAAGUAAGAGAUGUCAAAAUAUAGUCUUUUUGAUUAACUUCCUAACCCUGUGACUGCAUACAAGGCGAAGAGAAAUCACAUGACAGAAAACACAUCAGCACACUCCUCCGUUUACCUCAUUGUGUUUUCUCUUUUCACAGAAAACUGUCCAACCAGAUCAAGAACAGGUACAGCGAUGUUCUCUGCCUGGAUCACUCACGGGUGCGGCUGUGCCAGCCCUGUGAUGAUGAAGAUGACGAGGUAAUUAUGAAUAAAUCAAAACAUCUCUUUUACUUUUGAUCUGCCUAUUGAUUUUACUUAUCAGUUUUCCUAAAAAGUUAUAAUGGUGUUAACUAUAUUAAUAUUCUCAUAUCUUAUAUAUGAAUGUUUGCUGCAAAAAUUAAUAAAUAGCAUUUACUUGUUUUUUUCCAUCUUACUCAGAAAGGGCAGGUUUCUUAGUUUCUUGUUUGAGGGGGAAAAGGAUGUUUCAUUUGAAGCUAACUUUAUCCUAGGACUACUCUUUGUGAGGUUAUUUGGUCAUGGUUUCAUUUAUCUUUGCCUAAUGGAUCUAAUUAAUGAGAUUGAAAAUUGGUAAUAUUAUGGUAAUUAAUACUGAGAAUGGCCCAAAGGAUAAAUACGACCAAGAUAGUGAGAAGUCCUUCAGACAAAUAAUAGCCCUUUGAUUAAAAAUUGAUAUUUGUAAGUAAGUGACUCUCAUGAACUGAAAGGUUCGGUGGAUUGUCUGAAUCUAUUGUAGAUUAAUAUAAUAUUGUAUACAUUAGUGUUUUUAUGUGAAUUCUGUCUGGACAGAAAGUUAGAUUCUGCAGAGGAGUUGGAAAGUUUGUUGAAGUCUCUCUUUCAGUGGAACAGCUUGAUUUCCUCCUGCAGGAGGCAGUAGAGCCCGACAAACUGCAGUGAAUGUAACCUAUUGUGUGUUUCACAGACAUCUGAUUACAUAAACGCCAGUUUCAUGGAUGGGUACAAAAGAGGCAAUGCCUACAUCGCAACUCAGGGUGAGCAACUGUCGACACAAAGUUUGGUCCUACUCUGUAGAGUCUUCUCUACAGCACAGUUGUUGUUUUCAUCUCCUGACUGACUUUCUGUUUUAUCUCUCAGGUCCUUUGCCAAAAACAUUUGGUGACUUCUGGCGCAUGGUUUGGGAACAGAUGGUACUUAUCAUUGUUAUGACCACCAGGUGAGACACCUUUCAUCAAUAGUCUUUGUCAUAUUGCCAGCUUAAGGUGCUAAAUGUAGUUGCUCGCUGCCAGCAUUGCAUGUAGUGUGAGUAUGUGAAGCUCCUACUGUAUGUUUACAUUUUUGUUUUUCCGCUACAUUAUAACACAAAGUGAAAUAACAAACCAGGACAUCAAUAUUACACCAAAGCUGGCUACGAAGUACAAAGGUGUGAUGCUUCGUAAUGUAUAUGUUUACGUUUUGUGGUAUUUACAGGAUCAAUAGUCCAAGUAUUGAAAUAUCACUGAUUGGCUGAUUUUAAGGUUGUAUUGAUGUAUGUCUCUAUUUACCCCAGGGUGGUUGAGCGCGGGCGUGUAAAGUGUGGUCAGUACUGGCCUCUUGAAGAGGGCAGGACUGAGCAGCAUGGAUACUUCUUAGUCAGGAACACACACAUUCAGGCGUUUCAGGACUUCAAACUCUCCCAUCUUGAACUUUACAACACACAGGUAAGUCGUGAGACCGGUGUAAGUUCACCUUAAACAAGUCAGACUGUAACAUAGUUAAACAGAGAGAUCCUACAAAUGAUGUGACAGCUUUGGUCGGGAAGCUAUAAAGUAUCUAAUUAGAGCUGAGUUUGGAAUUGCUCCCCUUUAAAAUGACACCUUAUGCUGUCAUGUAGCAUAGACAUGGGCCCAGGUACUCCUUUUCUCACAUUCUUGUGUGCUCUUCCCUCAGUCUGGAGAAACACGGGAGGUGUACCACUACCUCUAUCUUAGCUGGCCGGACUUUGGGGUGCCAAAAAGUGCUUCAGCCAUGUUAGACUUCCGUGAACAUGUACUCCAAAGAAGGGAGGCGGCAGUCGAGAGCCUCGGCGCCAGCUGGACGGGGCCUCCCGGGGGUCCCCCUGUUGUUGUGCACUGCAGCGCUGGCAUCGGCCGUACAGGUAAACACGUGGACUUCAGACCUCUGUGAUUCAGUUAUUUUGUUACCUCUUAACUUUUAGUAACUGUCCCCUUCUGCUCUCUCUGUCCAUCAAUGUCUCUCUCUCCUCCCCCGGACCAGGCACGUUCUGCACACUGGACAUCUGCCUGUCCCGACUGGAGGACAUCGGCACCGUGAAUGUGCGUCAGACAGUGCGGCGGAUGCGUACACAAAGGGCUUUCAGCAUCCAGACCUGGGACCAGUACUACUUCUGUUAUACAGCGGUCAUCGAGUAUGCCCAGCGCAAUGGGAAACUGAGCCCAGUGCAGUGGUCUGACUCAGACCUGGAGACUGACAGCGAGUGAGAGACACACACAUUCACAAAUAGAAAAACAAAACGGGAUGGCCGACCCAAGCCGAAGUCAUAGGAACAAGCGAGAGGAGUGGCGUUUCAGGGUAGAGAGCAGAGGUGACUCGUCUGCCGUUAGAGAAAGGAGACAAAGGAAGGAGAUCUAGUUUUGGCUCUUGAUGUGAUGUUGCAGACUCCCACAGUCGCUCUUCCUUUACAUGAACAGCCAACCAGAGGAGAUGAAGAGCUGGAGAAAAAAUAAUAAUACAGGGAGUGGAGACGGUGCGUUUUGUCACUUCUGAGCAAGCUGCCCUGCCAAUACCCAAGCCCCUUUUUAUUUAGCAAAGUACAAGGGGACUUGGCCUGCCCUGAACCUGUCUCAUCGAUGACAGAGUUGUACGACUUGUAGCAUUUUUAUAUUGACUUGCACAUGAGGAAUGACUCUGACUCUGAAGCCCUCUGAACCCGGUCUUUGUUCCUUUUUUUUUAAGUGUCUUGUUCAUUUUCUUUUUCUUUUUUUUUUUACCCUGAACACAUCUGAACGUGAAGGGUAAGAAAGGGCCUCACUUGAAAACAUGUUUUUGUUUGUUUUCCAUUUUCUUUGUUUUGAGAGGAAAUGGUUUUGCGUGGUUUGGUAAAUGGUCAUAUGUGAAAGUAGAUCAGUGUGUGAGCCAUUUAAUCCAUUUCCUUAUUAUUAUUUUUUUUUGUUUUGUUUUUUGAAAUUCCCGUGUACGUUUUUCUAUGGUGCAUUUUUCUACAUGUGUCUCAUAUUUGUGCAUAUGUAGACUAACUUUUCAAAGCCAAAGUCCUCACCCUGAAUGCUUGGAUGUACUCCUUACUGAGAUAUUCUAUAGACUAAAGCCCAUGUAUAUGCGUGUAACAUACAUUUAUACAUUAUUGUGCAUAUUAACAACCUCUGACAUAAGAGCAAAAAAAAUCCUUGUUUAAUAUAAUUGACUAAACUAUGACAAGAUAUAUCUUAGUAGCGAGCCAGGCUAUGACAAAACUUCGGAAGAGUUCUGGUAUUUCAACCAAUGUGUCAUUGCAAAUCUGUCGGAUUUGUCAGGUUUAACAUCCUCUUUACUGUUGGAGUGUUCUGAUUGGACAAUCUUAAGACGUUUGGCCUUAUCUUGAUUCACUGCCUCAUCAUUCUUCGACCUAAACCAUACCUGAAACUGUAAACUUCUCUCUCUCUCUCUCUCUCCUUUUGUUCCUCCUAUAUUUUUUUGAACCGUUCACCCUUGAUACCACGACUGUCGUUUGAUUCCCGAGGCUUCCUCUGCCUCAGAUAAUUGUGCCUUCAAGUAUUCCUUAGCUUAACGUCUCGCUAGUGUAGUAAUAACACCCAAACCAGUGCACUUGAAAUGUACACAUUGACUAUGUGUCACACAGGACACCCACAUUUUGCCUACAGUCCUGUGCAGAGGGCACUACUUCUAAAUGACGUAGGAGCAGUGGCUCACCGGGGACUAAGCUCUGGUUUGAGACUUGGCUAUUCUUUUAUCAUUUGACCUCAGGGGGUAAUUCUAGUGUUUUUUGCCUAGUGUCAAAGAUCUGUUUCUGGCUUUGCCUCUGGUAAAUUAUCAUUUAAGAAAAAAAAACUAUAUCAACUUUAUUUUGUAUUUUUUACUGUAUUGUAACCUACUAUAUUUAUGUCUUUGUAAAACUUCUACAAUAUUGAAAUCGGUGAAUGUUGGUACGAUGCUACAAAGAAAAACAAACCAGUUAUUGCAUUUAAUAAGCUGAACAAAUCACGUGGGGAGUGAAAUAUAUUUUUUGUUGUUCACAAUGAAAUUUUGGUGGAAAAUGUUGCUUGCCAUCGUAUUUUCAGAAACUGACUUGUAUAAAUGGUGAUUGUUCAGUUGUUGGACAAACGAGGGGGGAGGGUUGGGGAAGCUAAUGUUUUUAGAGAGUUUAUUGUUAAACCCUUCAGUAAAAAUUACAUUAAUGUCUUACUGUCUGGUACUCAAUGCCAAGGACAAAGCAAAAACAAAAAAAAAACAAAAAAAAGGAACUAUCACGAGAGGAAAAAAGCAAAAAAGACAAGUGGCUGCCAUUUCUGUUCACAAAACCCCAGCUUGGUGUCUUUGAUGAAAUAUAUGUAUAUAUAUUUAGAAUGAGUUAAGGUUUAACAGCAUGGAAAGAGAGCCUUGAAUGUUUUCGGGGAAACGGUGUCCAAACUAUUUUUAGUUGAGACAAACAUGGAUAUUGUUGUGAAUGUGGACCCUGCAUCCCUCAAAGCCAAAGGCCCAGGCUCACCCUAAAGAUUCCUGUCCUGUUACACAUCCUCAACAGCCUACUAGCAUGGACCUACCAAUGCAGCCUUGCAUCCACUGACACAAAAAGACCCGGGAGCACCUCGGGAACAUUACUUAAGAUUUUGUAUAGUUACAAAAUGGGAGAGUGUGUAUGUAUGUAUGUAAAAGAGUCCCCAUGUGACUUCUAAUAUGUUUUAUGAGUAAGAGAAUGCAAUGUGAAUUUGUCAUCAGUGUUCAUUUAAUGUUCCUGUGCUUUAAGUUCUCGUGAUUGAAUUAAGGCCUUUUACAUGCUGUCAGCCCAGCUGUCCCAUUAAAGCAAUGGUAUCACUAUCUCGAA